GCCUGCUUCGCUGCCGCGAGCGUGCGUCUGGUCCGCGCUAGUAACUGCGUAUUAGUGGAACAUAUAUUAUUUUACAGAGAGAGUGAAUACUAGUCAAAAGUGGCCGAACAAAUAAUUUAAAUGUUUUUUCGCCUUACGCAUUUUAUGAAGAUGUAGGUUUUUCAAAUUCUCAAUGGUGGUACUAGUUUCAAGUAAUUAAUGUAACAUGAUUUACACAUAUUACGAUUUAUUGAAUAAAUUAGGGUUUUUACAUAUCUCUGAUCAACAAUGUAAAAUAAAUUAAUAUCAAUUAGCGCUAUGACUCUUGAGUCUUUGGACAUUUCUUCUCUAAAUUCAAAUAAAUCUAGGAUGAACAUACUAAUUUUCAAGGUAAACAAGUUGAUUUUACAGUGUUUUGUUGCAUGAAUAAUUACGUUUGUAAUUUAACAGGAAGUAGUAUUGUUUACAUAUACAUUAUUCAAUUAUUUUUUAACGCGUGACUAGUUUUUUGUUGUGUCGUUCGAUUAGUAUCAGUAUCCAUAAUGUCGUGGACCGCGUUCAACGGCUUAGUGCUUUUCAUAUUUGUAGUACAGUCCCAAGCGGACUCGAACCUUUUACGCUCGCUAGCGAACAUAACUUCACUCGCUAGCAAUGAUAAGGACUUCAUCCACAUCGCCUCUGAAUACGGAUAUAAAGCUGAGAAACACGAAGUAACGACCGACGAUGGAUACAUACUGACCGUGUUCAGAAUACCGCCCGAGAGUAUAUGUUCCAAGAAACUCCCAAUUCUGUUAAUGCACGGCCUUCUCCUAUCGUCUGAAUGCUUCAUAGUGUCCGGACAGAAUGCUCCCGCAUUCGUACUAGCUCGAGACUGCUACGACGUAUGGGCCGGCAAUGUACGCGGCAACCAUCACUCCCGCAGACACGUGACUCUAGACCCCGACAGAGACUUCAAGUUUUGGAAGUUUUCAGUCGACGAAAUGGGUUUUUACGACAUUCCGGCCAUAGUUGACUAUGUUCUAGAUGCGACGGACUCUAAAAAACUGAUCUACAUCGGCUAUUCACAAGGCAGCACCACUUUCUUCAUCAUGAACUCCGAGAAACCGGAAUAUGCUAAAAAAAUUAGUCUCUACAUUGGUUUGGCACCUUCUACGACACAAUAUCACACGAAAUCUGAACUUUACAGAACGGCAGUGGUAUCUAUAAAAUCUUUUCAAAAUGCUUUGGAAGCUACGGGUAUUUGGGAGGUUUUCUCCCGCGGUCUUCCUGCCCAAAUCACCUUAAACAGGUUAUGCCGAAUGAAGAUACUGAUAGAGUUAGUUUGUGAUGUAGGAUUAUAUAUAUUAGAUUCCCCACAUUCAGACUCUAUUACCGCAGAAAUUUUAAAACGAAUAGUUGAUUACGAGCCAUCCGGUACGUCUAUACAUAACCUGGCCAGAUACGGUCAGGCUAUGAAUGAAAGCAGGUUCAUUAAAUUCAACUACGGAGCUACAAACAAUUUGAAGGCUUACGGGAGUCGUGAACCACCCGAAUAUGACUUGGGUAAGGUGACUAUGCCGGCUGUGGUGUUCCACGGCAAGUCCGACCAUCUCGUGGAUACAAUAGACAUGGACUGGCUCGCGAGACAGCUGCCUAACCUGCUGGAGUAUGUGACAGUGGAGGACCCCUUAUGGAACCAUUUCGAUAUGGCGUUCAGUCGAUAUUGGAAAGACAUGAUUUAUGUUAGGAUGAAAAAGUAUUUAAAUAAAUUGACGACCGGUUUGGCCUAGUGGGUAGUGACCCUGCCUACGAAGCUGAUGGUUCCGGGUUCAAAUCCUGGUAAGGGCAUUUAUUCGUGUGAUGAGCAUGGAUAUUUGUUCCUGAGUCAUGGGUGUUUU